GGCAACUCGAACUGAUGUACGUACGUACGAAGUUCUACGUUGUUACUGACUGACUGACUGGAAUUAAACCUCAUAUGUCAAAUUAUCCCUUUUAGUGAAGUAAAUAGGUCAAGUAUACACAUAUAAAUACAAAUUAAGAGUCGAGCUAGUAUUAUCACCCCUUAGAGUUUUCGUCACUAACUGACAUCAGCGAUAAUGCAAAAUGUUUAGUGUUAGGCAUUAUAGGUUUAGCUGAAGUUCUGAGAAGGGUUUACAAAAUCGGGUUUUCUUCACGAACUGACUUCAGCUAUGAGGUAACAUUUUGUCAACCUUCUGUUUAUGAACCUAGUAAACUUAGAGUUAAUAUUUAAAAUAAGGGUUAGUGGGAGAGAACACUAUCUAGCUCCACAAAGCACUCGACUACGCAUCGAAUCGUGUAAAUUACCUUAAUACACAAUCUGCCCAAGGAGCAAGUAUAUUUUUCGUAGUUUAGCUUGAUCAUCAUCUUAAGUUCACUUUUAGGUUACACAAUAGAUACUUUUGUUAAUUUUAAGGACCAAAUAUUUCAAAUACGUUUUACUUUAAUAAUAACACGCAAGAUAUAUAUCAUCGCACUUUAAAUUUUGCACAAAAUACAUGAGGCGUUAUCUUAGUUCUGAAUAGUUAGCCCAAGAUCAACAGUAUACUAUACUUCACCAAUUCUGCCCAUUGAUUUGUAAUGUUAACCAAAUUCAAAAGUCAGAAAAUACAAAUCUCAAGACCAAAUAAUUAGCUACUAGUAAACUUGAAGGGUUCCUGGUAAUUGUGAAAUUUUAUUACUUGCACUACAAACCGGCUUCAGUUAAGACAACCAGUAGGAUCUCUGAAUCACUGGAUAAUUUUUCCGUCUCAGUAAACCACUCGAGCAGUGGACAUCUACAAUCCCGCAGUGAAUCGAAUCCAGAACCUCCAGGUCUCACAGCGAUCUCUUAACCUUUAGAUAACCGUGAGUCGAUUAAUGUUAGUAACUGUCUUGUUCUUAAACUCAGUACCGUUUACCUAUAAACACUUUUUAAGUGACGUUCAAACCUAACAUGUUAUCUCCAAACCGAUUAAUAAAAAUUCCGCUACCUCCUGGUGUCGACACCAAAACGUUCUGUUUGUAGUAACACAAUUCCCGAAACUUUGUAAUAUGUUAAGAUUAUUGACUUUUUGGAAACUGACUAACCAUAACAUGUUAGCCUGCAUUUCUUGAGUUCGUUCUUGUCAAGGUUCCAAAACUUGCAGUGUCCACUUAGUUGAAUGAUCAAUAGCCUUGUGACGUGAAGAUAAUCAGAUCUUAAAAUGAAAUCAACCUGCUUUGUUAUUAAUUUCAUUGGCUAAAAUGACAAUAAUAAAAUAUACUUUUUCAAUUUCCAUUUAUUUCCGAAACUUGUACUCCCUAUAUGUAUUAUUAUAAUAUAUCUAUCUGUAGUUGUUAUGACUUGUAAUGCUAAUCGCUAUCACGUGUUAAAUUCAUCAAUUAGAAUUCCGACUAUAAUUUCCCCUAUCUUGCUUCUACUAUUUCAUUCAUAACCUGGCAUCCUAGACUGUACCAAUAACACUUCUGAUCUAAACCAUUAACCGUGAGCCAACAUGCUAAAGCUCUUCUCUAUGCCGCGCUUUGAGUUCAAAAAGUCAACAACCAGUUUAUUCAAUUAUGACCCAAGACUCGUACAAUAAUAUACUCGAAACGACUGAUCACGUAGAACACCAAAUGCGAGACCAUACUUUAAACACAAUCAUACCACAAGUGGUGUUAAACACAGCAAAUAGCAGGUGGAUCCAUAUUUAUAUUUAUUGCGAGAAGUUAAAAAGUAUUUACAUAAUGCCCAACAAAGCUUCAAUUGUCCAUUUUCAUCUUUCGAUGUAUACUUCCAUCUGAACUGUCUUCGCGUCUUGUCUCCAAGUGUUCUGCCAACGCCGUGCUUUCGAUGCACUGAAACUCUUCACUCAGUUUGACAAUUGUAGCAACUUUGACGUCACUUCUCGCAACACACUACUUACAAGCAAUCUUGUGAGUAGCGUCCACUACAGUGGUAGACGGAGGAAUAAACAGUGCAUACUUAGUUAACAGUAACUAAGGGAUAAUAAAAUGUAUAGCGACAGUUAAUAGGUCUGCUCAAAGCUUACGAUAAGAGAAUAUAUAAAUGCAAAAAUACAGUUAUCUAGUGCUUCUGCAAUAAAAAUAUAGGUAAUAAUAGUCCGAUAAGUAGUACCCAAAGUUCCAAUAUUCGUCCCAUUAUAACAGUUAAUAUCAUAUAAAUGUUGUCAGCUUUAAAACCGUCUCACGUCAGUAUCCACCAACCUUUUCCUCUCUGGUCCUGUCAUUCCCGAAUACUCGAAUUAACAUAUCGAAAGAUUUGAUUUUGAUUUGUAUUCAGUCAAAUGGUGACAUAUUAUUCAUGUAAAAUUAAAUAAACGUAGGACAGCAGCUAAGACGUUCCACCUUCAGUCACUAAGUCCCCUGUUCGAACUACGUUCCACUUCGGUUUACGCAGCUGGCUAGUCUUACUAGCCUUCAUAUUUAAAGUUUGACUCGAAACCAAAUGUUAGAAUCUGCACCCGGCAGUGAGUUAAUGCUAAAAUAAAUUCUGUUCAUCCGUUAUUCAUCGUUGAUAUACUUUUGUAUUGUUGUUAAGAAUUUUUCUUACAAUCUAAAUUUUCUAACCAUAUUCUUAAAUGAUAGACAAAACAAUUUUGGUACAUGAUUCCCACCGGUCUAAAAUGAAUAGACACAAAGAACUGUAUGCAAAACAAUUUCAGCAUAAAGAAAACAAAUGGAGAGAUCUGCUACACAAACGUUUUAUGGAAUCAAUGAAAUUGAAACGUACACAUUUUACCGAUCACCUUCGAAACGUAUACAAUUCAGAACCAGAUAGUUUAACCGAUCAACUACUUCUUCAAGAGAAAAGAGAACUUUUAAAAAGUUUGGUCUCAGGUAGUGAAGCGGAACAAUUAGAUCUGGACAGUUUAAUCUUACUACAAGACAGAGUUCUAGAUGAAUUAUCUGUUGAAAUUGAGGAAUAUUUCAACCCAGAAUUUUGGAAUAAUACAAAUAGUAAUAAUAAUGGUGCAAAUCAAUUUCAUUUGCCAAAUGAAUCUAACAAUGAAAAUGUUCUUUGUCCUUUAUGUCGAAUUGGCUAUUUAUCUAUGAAUAGUACAAUUCUCACUUGUUCUUCAUGCAGUUUAAAUCUAGAUACUCAAACUGAUAGUCUCAAUCUUACCACCAUAAAAAAUAGUUUAAUUGAUGCAGAAACAAAGCAUCAAACUUCCGGUUGUUCCAAUACAUCACUACAUGCUUGGCUUAUUGAUCAAAAUACUAUUAAUUGUCAAUCACUUACACAAAAUGAUGACUCAAAUGUUAAUGACAUGCUUCACAAAUCAGCAGAAAUUGUCCAACUGUUAUGCGUUGGGUGCGACCAAUGUUCAUUCAUGGAAGUUGUUGUUUGA